AUGUCAAAACCUACCGAACUUCGAUCCGCAAAGCACCAGUACUACAUCAAGCUCCGAAUGAAAGAGCUACAGCAGAAAAUAGAGGAUUUAGAGGCAUCUUACGAUGACCUAGCCCGAUACUGCCUGUAUCUAGAGUAUCAGCAGCAGGCUAAUAACCUGAAUAUUCAACACGCUGAAGCAACAUUCCGUGUAGCAGACAGAAUGCGUAUAACCGGUACCGUUACUAUGACUGAUCAUGAUCUUUUUGGAGAAAGGGGGGCCCGUAUUUUUGAGCAGGCUAAUAACAGAUUUCAUCUUUGGAAGGAAGCAGAGAGGGUAGAAAGUGGAACUGCGAGUAAGAUACGGCGUGCGUAUAGGGGGCUGGAUGAUUUGGAGUGUGAUUUGGCGGCUGUUAGGAUCGAGUUGGUGGAGCUUGAAACAGUUCUGAAGGAAUUGGAGAGGGCUGAUGUUAUGGACAUUGAUCGCUGA